ACGACAGUGGACGUGAAAACUGGAAAAGCUGCCUUCGAGCAGCCAAAAGUGGACCAAUUGGACUUACUUCCUUUGGAGAAAUGGGUGCACCAGUGCUGGUUGGUGGAGGAAAGAUUGCAAUUUUUUGCUCUCGAGUGGAAUAAUUAGCUUGGUCUACCCGGAUCACUCUUCCUGCGGCCGAUGAGACGCGAGUUUCAGUUUCUAGUGACUUGAAGUGUAUUGCCAUAUAUAUAGUGGCGCCCAAGCCCGGAGCUAAACAGGCGCUCUAUUGUCACUUUGGUGUUUUUCGCGGGGCGCGUGGAAGAAAGGUCGGUGAUCUUUUCAAUUUAUCUGGUUCAUGUUGAGGUCAAGAUAGGCAAACGGUGUUAAGCGUGGUGAUACGUGAUUGUGGUUGGUUGAAGGAAACCGGAAGAAACAAUAAAACCAUCAUCAUAUGAAUUAUUCCGUGUAUUUAGUGACGGCCAAAUCCCCCGCCCUAUGGUGUAAUGCUUUGUGAUCUUUCCGUUGCUCUUGAAAGAAGAUGCUACGGUCGUUGGGCUUGCGAGGAUAAAGAUUUAAGUGCUCUGUGCAGAAUUCCACGAAAGUUACUCACUGGUGCACUCUUGGGUCUAUGCACCGACAGCAGAAUACUAUUAACGGACCAGGAAUGUGCUAUAAAAUCAUGAAAUAGUACAUUUUUAUUUCUCACUUGGCAUAAGUGCUUUCGCUGGAGUUGGAGAUCUCAUCCAUGAAUGUACAAAUUCGUCACAUGCCCAAUUCACGGUGGAGACGUUUGGUGGCCGAAGGUUAGUUUGUUUCACUGAAAGAAGUUGUGCUGCGCCAUACCUUGGACACAUUUGAGGUCACGGAAGCCAGUCCAAGCGGGAAGCACUCCACUGGAGGCGUUGCGGCGUCAGUCAAGGUCCAUAGCAGCUCGCCGUGGACGGAAAGUUAAGUUCUCUGAAUGGGAAGCUCAUCAUGAUAAUAACACACCAAAUGAAGAAAGUGGUGAAGAAAAUGUGGGGCAAAACAACCCGAUGGAAAGUGCAACACUAAGGAGUAAACUGUUCGUGAAAAAUGAGAAAGCGGCAGCGCGCCGAACGUCGACCCCGGAGAGUAUGACCCUGCGGACGCGCGGAGGGGACGACUCUUCGGAUCCGAUGGCCGGCAGUGGCAUCGGUGGUGGGCCAGCCAGCGGUGGUGCGGGCCCCGGUAGUAAGAAGGAUACCAAGAUAGAGAUUCCGCUGCCCCCGCACAUGCAGCCAUCGUCGGGAGAGAAGUUUGCCGAUAAACGAGUGAAGAGGCACAGCAUUCACGGCAUGAUGGAGGAAGAAAACGUGGUCCGUCCGCAUCAGGAGAUUGCGGCCCUGUCGUUGGACGAGAAGAAAUUCCUGCUCGCAGUCGAACGAGGCGAUGUGGCCAGUACUCGAAGAAUUCUAGAGAAAGUGGAAGCGGAAGGCCAUAUCAACAUCAAUUGCGUCGAUCCUUUGGGCAGGUCCGCCUUGCUGAUGGCAAUCGACAACGAGAAUCUGGAAAUGGUGGAAUUGCUCAUCAAUCACCGUGUGGACACGAAAGACGCCCUGCUGCAUGCCAUUUCGGAAGAGUUUGUAGAGGCGGUUGAGGUUCUGCUGGAUCACGAGGAUAGUUGUCACAAGAAUGGUGAUCCGCACAGCUGGGAGGCAUUGCACCCGGAUACAGCAACUUUCACACCGGAUAUUACGCCGCUUAUUCUGGCGGCACACAGAGACAACUAUGAAAUCAUAAAAAUUCUGCUGGAUCGGGGAGCUACGCUGCCGAUGCCACACGAUGUAAGAUGCGGCUGUGACGAUUGCGUUACAUCGCGCCAGGAGGACUCCCUGCGUCACUCACGGUCUCGCAUCAAUGCAUAUCGUGCCCUUGCCAGCCCGUCGCUGGUUGCCCUCUCGUCUAAGGAUCCAAUCCUAACGGCAUUCGAGCUAAGCUGGGAGCUACGACGGUUAAGUUUCCUCGAGCACGAAUUCAAGAACGAAUACCAGGAGCUGCGGCGGCAGUGUCAAGAUUUUGCAACCGCCCUGCUGGAUCACACUCGGUCUUCCCACGAGCUGGAAGUACUACUCAACCAUGAUCCAACCGGGCCAGCAUUCGAACAUGGUGAUCGGAUGCAUCUUAAUCGGCUGAAAUUGGCUGUGAAAUUGAGACAGAAGAAGUUCGUUUCUCACCCCAACGUACAGCAGCUGCUGGCCAGCAUCUGGUAUGAAGGGCUUCCGGGCUUCCGGCGGAAAAAUAUGGCUCUGCAAGCAGUAGAGAUUGUACGAAUAGGCAUGCUUUUCCCACUGUUCUCCAUUUCGUAUAUCAUUGCACCGCACUCAACGUUCGGCCAGACGAUGAGGAAACCUUUUAUCAAGUUUAUCUGCCACAGUGCAUCGUAUUUUACCUUUUUAUUUCUGUUGAUGUUGGCUUCGCAGCGUAUCGAAACUGUGAUUGGAGGUGUGUGGGGAGCUGAGCUGAGCACCCAUGACGAAGUGCCUACGAAAAGGGGAGCGAGUCCUACGCUGGUCGAGUGGCUCAUUCUGGCCUGGGUUAGCGGACUUAUUUGGAGUGAAGUGAAGCAGCUGUGGGACGUUGGACUGCAGGAAUACGUGAAUGAUAUGUGGAAUGUGAUAGAUUUCGUGACAAAUUCACUGUAUGUGGCGACGGUCGCACUGCGAGUCGUUUCCUAUUUUGAGGUUCAAAAAGAGAUGGCCAUCAAUCGGUUUGCUGCCGAUUUGCCGCGCGAGAAGUGGGACACCUGGGAUCCGAUGCUUAUCUCCGAGGGGCUGUUCAGUGCGGCAAACAUUUUCAGCUCGCUCAAGCUGGUGUACAUCUUUUCCGUUAAUCCGCAUCUGGGACCUCUGCAGGUAUCGCUGUCGCGGAUGGUGAUGGAUAUUAUGAAGUUUUUCUUCCUCUACGUUCUGGUGCUGUUUGCUUUCAGCAGCGGUCUCAACCAGCUGCUUUGGUAUUAUGCUGAUCUGGAAAAGAAACGUUGUCCGGAUGUGUCAACCUUUUCUGGAUCUUCCAAUCUCACUUCAACUGAUCCAAAUGCAUGUGUGGUUUGGAGGCGAUUCGCGAACCUAUUCGAAACCAUUCAAACUCUUUUCUGGGCGGUGUUCGGUCUGGUGGAUUUGGAAAAUUUCGAGCUCGAUGGUAUAAAGAUCUUUACACGCUUCUGGGGUAUGCUGAUGUUUGGAACGUACUCGGUGAUCAACAUCGUGGUGCUAUUAAAUCUGUUGAUCGCCAUGAUGAAUCAUUCGUAUCAGCUCAUAUCGGAACGUGCCGACGUAGAGUGGAAGUUCGCCCGCUCGAAGCUGUGGAUUAGUUACUUCGAGGAAGGUGGCACUUGUCCACCGCCGUUCAACAUAAUUCCGACCCCGAAGUCUAUCUUCUACAUCUUCCAGUGGGUUAAGCGGAAAUUCUGCGGCCAUUCCAAGGCCGUCAAGAAGGAACACAUGAAAACAAUUCGACGGAAGGUGAAACAAGCCAGCGAACGGGACUUCCGCUACCAAAGCAUAAUGCGAAAUCUAGUGCGACGGUACGUGACUGUAGAGCAGAGGAAGGCCGAAUCGCAGGGAGUCACCGAGGAUGACGUGAACGAGAUAAAACAGGACAUAUCCGCGUUUCGCUGCGAGCUUGUGGAAAUACUGAAAAACAGCGGAAUGAACACCACCAGCGCUACCGGUUCCGGCGGCGGCGUUGGCGGCAAGAAAAACCGACAAAAGGAGCGUCGCUUGAUGAAGGGCUUCAAUAUCGCACCGGCACCGGCACCGGACUCGGGUCAGCAUCUUACUCCGGUUUCCGAGUUCAUAUCGCAACUUCCGGACCAUUCGUCACACGAACUGUUUGCCGGAGUGUUCGGGCCAGGUCUUACUACCAAGAAAGCCCUGCACCAAGUCAAUCCCAUGCACCAGUUUUCAUCGCAAUCGCAAAGUUCCUUUGGUGAAAACAACAAUCCCAUUCACAGACUUGCCAAACUCGCACCGAAGUUCCAUUCCAAAAGACCUGGCUCACAGAAGAAACGAUGGGGUACUCUGAUUGAAGCCGCGAAGCAUGGAAGCGUGUCACGAUUCAUCGGUCGAUCCCGUUCGGAAGAUUCCGUUUGCAACCAUGGACAGCGGGGUGAUUCGGUAAGCCACAGCAACAGUCCAGCUUCGGACGAGGCUAUCACCGAAUCCCCAUCGGAUUCAAAUCCAAGUCUUGAUCGACCAGAUGUGGAUCCGUCACCUGAUCCGCACAAACACCAACAGCAUCACCAUCAACAUCACGGUGGGAGCGAUCGUUCCCACGGAACGACAAAGGUGAAAGAUUCUUCCUCCCAUCACUAUCAUUUACAUUUCGGGGCACUAGCAGCUUUGAAACGUAAAAGGAAAAAGUUCUCUAACAGUCGAAAUAGCAGUCCCGUUUUGGAACCUUCUGCAGAGGUACCAGCGGUCCCUAGUUUGACGACAGGUGCUAGUAGUAAGGUGCUAAAACGUGCUUCCAGUGUGCCCACACGUAGUCCCUGUGACGAUCCAAUUGCAUGCGCUGUAGGAGAUGGGACGAUAAUUGAAGCGUCCGGGAUGGACAGUGGCAUCGCUGUGAAAACUCCCCGCCAUGAACAGACUCAAAGUCAGCAAACGUCCAUGGAAAAUCAACUGGACCCACCGUUAACUCCAUCAACGACGGAGGAAAGUGUGGACAAUCCUGCCCACACGAGGAUUAGCUGCACGGAGCCGCUGCUGCGGAUACAGGGUAGACCGAUUACUAAUGAAACAAGUGGUGAUCAUCAACAGCAACAGGGAUCCUCUUACAGGAUACCUGGUGUCACUCCGGUUCGAGGGCACUUCCACUCCCAGGGCUGGUUAUAGGGGCUCUUAGAUAAGAACCGAUUGUACAUAUUGAUCGAUUCGAGUAUAAUCUAGUCAAAUUUCGUAGAAAGGAAAAAAAAACGUAUUAACUGCCAUCGCUAAAACAGGAUUCUCUCUCUAGAUGCCCACGUUGUCGGGAGAGGAAACUUAAUCGGAUGUAAACUAAUGGAAAGCAAAAUUCUAAACCAGCUGGAACGGUUAUGGUUUUGAUGGUCAUCCAAAUAGAUAUCUCGUUUCGGUUAUCAUAGUUUUAUUUCGGAGGCCUAAACACUGUUAACAAUCGGAAAGGUAAAACCACUAUUUAUAUGUGAUUAUUAGUUUAAAUGUUAUUCAGAAAGAAUGCUUCUGAAAUACUUAACAAAAAAUGGGAAUUGUGCGCAACACACUUAACUGAGUGGGUGAAGCGGGUUCGGAUUAAACACAAAACCGGCCAGAAGCUUCACUUUACGAAACACUCUCUAUGUAGAAAAACAAACAACAAAACCACUACUGAGCAUUUGGGACGUAGUCAAAUUUAGAUAUUACAAAUAUGCUAGCAAGAUGAGAAAUUUUAGCCUAAAUACAACACACUAAGGGACCACGUCUCUUGAAGCGAGUAGAAAUUAACAGAAAUAACAGAUUGUCAGGAUAGAGAGAGAAAAAAACAUUACAAUAUCAUGUAACAACAACCAAAGAUUUGAACAAGUUGGUGAGGUUAAACUUUUAUUAAUCACAGGGUGUUUGUUACGACAAAAAAUAUCAACACACAUUUUACUAUUGCGAUCAUAGCUUAAAAUGCGGUUCGAACCUUUUUUCUUUUUUAACCGAUCACAACACAGAUGUUCUAAUGUUUUAGAGAACCACCAAACUCUAAUUCUCCACACAUCAAAGAAACUAGUAGAAUUCAAUUUGUUACUACACACGCAUUACAUGCAAAUGCAGAGAUCACUGGUAAAAAACACAACAACAAAAUGCAAAGCAAAAACCCGAGGAGUAUUCCUUCACUAACGACGCGAAGAAAUCAAAGGAGGCCUUAUUAUUGAUGAAAACAGAAGUUAAUAGAUGUUAGCAAGGAAACACUUUAAACAAUUUACUCGAUAGAUCCGUAGGAGCAAAUACUUAAAACUAAAUGAAUGGUAUAAUGAAAGCUAAAAACAUACAGUGAUUAUUAUGGUCAACUAUCAAUUCAUCGGAAAUAGACAUUUUGAGCGUACUGGUAAAUAGUGGAACACUACUGGCAUGACAGUAUUUAGGAAAUAACCGUAGCAAAUCAACAUCGUACCGUUUAGAACAGUUACUACUAAACAGAGUUGACCAGUGGAAAAUACUAAAUACACACCUUAUUAGUAGUUAAACGAUAUUCACAGCAAACAGGUAAAGGAUAAAACGGGACAACAGAAAAAAAAAUCCACUUAACUAUUCGAUGGGUCUAAUCAUAUACAGGCAUACAGAAAUUAGUAAACUACAUAGUAUCAUCGUAAAUUCCAGUCAUUAGUUUCAAAAGUAAAACUAUUACUAUAAUAUGAGUAUGGAAUUUGGAAAACCCCGACUGUUUUUAAGGAAAAUAAAAUGCAUUGA